AUGGACGUUCUGUACAAAAAACAAGAUUUAUCUUUGUCUGAGGACAAUGACAUUGAUGAGAUAUUUGAUGUAUCAGGAGAAGAAACCGAAAUAAACUCCGAUGACGAAGAUGACGUUUUUUACUCUUUUUUUCCAACAAGAGAGGUAGAUCUGGAUACAGAGUACGUGAAUAUAAUAGAAAAGGUCAGAAAACUGGUCAGGCUUUUUAAGAAAUCGCCAACAAAAAACGAUCUCCUCCAAGUUUACAUUAACCAAGAAUUUGGCAAAAACUUACAGCUACAAUUAGAUUGCAAAACACGCUGGUCAAGCCUUGCUGAUAUGAUAUCGACAUUUAAUAAAGUAUUAGACAGAGUAUUUCAGCCAAUCAAACUCGCUGUGGAGGUCUUAUGCCGUCGAGAUUCUGACCUGGUUACUGCCGAAACGACUUUAAGAUUUAUGAUACGCAAACUUGAAGAACUGACGACAACAUUGGCAAGAAAACUAGCAGAGUCAUUGAGAAACCGCAUAGCUGAGCGCUGA